UGUAUUCCUGUGCUCGCAUCGCCAUCUUGUUGCACGGCUGUUUUUUUACGUUGGCGAGGAUCUCCCUCCACAUCGGCCGGACCGAGACCGCCCGUCUAGCUUGACCACACCUGCGGCGGUCAGACGAGCUCGGCGAACCGAGCCCCCGGCGCCACCCCGGAGGACAUUCGGGCUUUUUUUGUUUUAACCCCUCGGUGUUUGUGCGCGCUCCGUGUCCCGGGCCACCGGGCGCCGGUCUUCUGGGCUCACCUACCAUGAGCAUCGACACCCUCCUUGAGGCGGCCAGGUACCUGGAAUGGCAAGCCCAGCAGCAGCAGCAGGUCUCACGUGAAGAAGAGGACCUCAAGAAGACGUUCAUCAAAUGUCCAGAGUCCAGAAUCACAGAGCUUGUGACCUUGUCGUCGCCUCCAAUCAAAGUCGACCGCGGCGAGGAUUCUGACCACAAGCUUCCCCGCCCCCUCCUAGCCCCGCCCCCUCCCUCACUCCCACCUCCUCAGGUUCCCAUCGCCGUCAUCCCCAUGGUCCCCGUGGUCACCGCGACCCCCUCAGUUCCUCCUCUUCCUCUCACCACGCAGAUCGCUGCGGCGGCCACGGCCCUCAAAAGUUCCCCGCCGGCCAAGAACGCUUCGCCCCCUCAGCUUCAGCACCAGCCCCCGGCCUCGCACCCCCUGCUGUGUGGCCCCGACAUCAAGUUAGAAAGCAGCCCCCCAGUGGUUGGAUUAAAAACCAGCCAGUCACAGACUCAGAUUGAGAUUAAGUACUCGGCCUCCAUCACCACCAACGGUUCUGGCUCUCAUCACGCACUGGCCCCUCAUCAGGCUCCACCCGCGUCUCAGCCACGGCCCAACGGCGUGCUGAUGGAGGACAUGAGGACCAUGGAAGGGAAGAGGAGACCAGGAGGAGCUGGGACCAGAGAGGUGCACAACAUACUGGAAAAGCACAGGCGAGCGCACCUCAAAGAAUGUUUCGAGACACUAAAGAAGAACGUUCCCAACGUGGACGAGAAGAAAACCUCCAACCUCAGCGUCCUCCGCAGCGCCCUGCGCUACAUUCAGACUCUGAAGCGUAAGGAGAAGGAGUACGAGCACGAGAUGGAGCGCUUGGCCCGGGAGAAGAUCGCAACCCAGCAGCGGCUUGCCGAGCUGAAGAACGAGCUGAGCCAGUGCAUGGACGUGAUGGAGAUUGACAGAGUCCUGCGACAGACCAUCCAGCCGGAGGACGACCAGGCGUCCACGUCCACCGCCUCAGAGGGAGAAGACAACUUUGAGCAGGAUAUCGAUGACGAGGUUCCGGCGCCCGCCGCGCCUGCCCCCAAGCCAACACCUCCCGCCGUCAUCCAGGCCCCACCGCCGCCGCUCACCCCUCACCUGUCCAUACAGCACACGUCGCUGCCUCUCCCGGGGGUCUUGGCCACUCCCCCCUCGUCUGCUCCUCCCGCUCCUCCUCCUCCAGCCAUCGCUCCUGCUCCGCCCCCGCCUCCGCCCCCUCCACAGUCAGCCAUGACGGUGCAGCCCACGGUGAUCGCCCACGCGGCGGUCUCUCAUCCUUCCGUCAUUCAGGCUGUCAGUCACGCGCUGCCGACCAACCUCAGACAUUUGACCCACAUCGCUCCAUCCCCUGGCCCCGCCUCUUCCACACCGCAGCCCAGUGCAGCGGCGGCGCCGACCCACCAGACUAUCACAGCGCAGCCCAUCGGACAUAUCACCGUCCACCCGGUGACCCACCUGGGUGCUCAGCUUCCCCCCCACCUGCCCACCCUUUACCCCCAGAGUGUGUCCGUCUCCCAGACCACCAUGGUGAGUCACAUAGCCCACAGCUUCGCCCACCACACGCUGCCGCACGUCCACGCCAACCCUCAGGCGAACACUCCCGCGGGCCAGGUCAGCAGCGCUGCCGUGGUCAGCCACGGAGGGAAGCCCACCGCCGUGCUGGCCCCUCAUCCUCAGCCCAUCGGUCAGGCAGCCGUGCUUAACCCGGUCACCAUGGUGACGGUCCCGAUGUACCCCGUCAACACCCUUAAACUGGCCUGAAUCCAUCCACAGGGACGCCACACUCCAGUCACACGCAGGAUUCUGGAAGGAAACCCAGUGGGUGACCUAUGACCCUGUUUGAACUUGAACCUUUAGCACUAACACAAUAAGCUCAGUUUAUACUCAUCAUAAAAUCAUCCGUUUGUCAUCCAAUCAUGUUUAUUUCCCACCUGUUGCCGUGACAACGCAGCGUUUGUCCUUUUAUUGUUGGAAAAUGUCACUGAGGCUUUAAAGAGAGGAACAGGUUGGUUCCAAAAUAAUCCUCACAGGAGCCCUUCCACUGCACUUAAACGCCUGGAGAGAAGUAAAGGACCACCAGGAUGUUGGAGGGUAGCAAGGCAGGCUGGAGUUCUGGAGACAGAAACAAAACAGAUGGACAAACAUAGCUGAACAAACGGCUUUCACUGGCUGCGUUCUGAAGUGGGUCGAGCCUAUUCUCUUCUGGACUCAAACAGAACAACGGCUCCAUCCUCGGAUGCAGCUCAAACUUGGCUGGUGGAAUACAAAAGCAGCAACUUCAGCUCAAGUCACUUCCUACACGUUGAUGUCCCAGAAAACCUGCAGAGGAGAGUUUACCUUCGAAGUCUGGCUUAUUUCAGGUCGUCCGCUUCACUCUGGUGCAACAGCGCCCCCUGCUGGCCCCGCGGCCCCUCACUUUUUUAAGGUCUCAUCUUAGACGAAUCAAAUGAGCAGGAUGUGAUCAGGAACAAAUGUUUGAAACCGAUUUUUACAACUUCAUUCAGCGCUCCGUUUAAAAGUGUUUACAAAAAGUACAUCCUAAUGAUGUGCGUGAUGAAAACCAGCUUCACUGGCUCUCCACCAGGGGGCGUCGCUCUCGCUUCAGCUGACCACCGUUGAACUUCUGUCUGAGUCGGAAAGAUCCAUGUCCACAAGAGCUCUUUUAAAUGGCGUGUAUAAAGGCAGAGUAUCAUGGUUUGCCCUCAUCAGCGCUGACAUCUCCGAGAGGGGACGAUUUGAAGUCAGAAGUUGAUCGUAAUCUGUGACAUUCUUUCACAACAUGGACGCGGAGGUUGGCGUCACCCGUGUUUCUUGACCUCGCGCACAUCUGCGGCGGCGCUCCUGGCUGGUCACGCGGCUCCUCUCUUGUCUAGUUCAUCCUACUGUGUCUGUGGCAUGGCUGUGUGUGGUUGUGGUGUGGCCCUGUGCAUGAGGUGCUCUGGAGCCUCGACACUGUGACAGCCUUGGCUAAGCGAAUGAGUGACAACUGUCUUUUUUUUCUUUUCAGUCAGAAUGAGACGCCACACUUUGUUUUCAUGAUAAACUAAUACUGUCUGAUAUGGAAUUUUGUAAUAUUUGUAUGUAUGAAGCUUUGUACAUUUGUGAUGGUGUGCACGUUCUGGAGUGUAUGUAUCUCUGAAAACUUUCCAAAUGCUUGUUUCUGAUUUUAGUUGCAUGUAGAUCGCUCUUUCGUUCAGAAGGUGUUCGUUUGAUUUCGGGACCAUGUACAAUACUGUAUAACGUGGGCAGGAUCUUGGACCUCAUGCUACAUUGAUAUUAUAUAUUAAUACGAAAAUAAUGUUUUCCCUAUGGAGAAAGUUUUAAGUUAUAUAUGGCCUGCACACUUUGGGCUGCCUUUACAUCUAACUGUCCACUGUUGAUGAUGAUAACAAAUACAAAAAAAAUAUUAAUGAUGAAGAAUUAUGCUGAUGACAUAAAAGAUUCUUAAUAAAUCUUAUAACAUUUACAACAUAGUUCUGCCUCCGAGUCACUGUCAUUCAUAAACAA